UAAGUCAGCUACACAGAAGGACACAGAAUGUUCUACGCUACUUUCUUUGCUGUUAUUGUCGGACUUUGGGCUAUUUACUUAGUUUUACGAAAACGCACCUUGAAAGGAAAAGUCACCCCAGGACCAAAAGGUUUUCCAUUUAUUGGCUGUGUUCUAGAAGUUAAUGAAUACAAUCUAUAUUUCAAACUUACUGAGUAUGCGGACAAAUAUGGGGACAUUUUCCGUUUUAAAAUGUUUUCGGAAAAUAUUGUUGUGUUAAAUAGCCAAGAAAUGAUACGAAAAGCGUUUGCUGACGACACGUACAAGCUGCAUUUCAAUGAUCGUGCAAAGAUGUUCUACGGCGAAUAUUUUCGUUUUAAUAACCAGACAUUAGGUUUUGUAACAGAAGGAUUUGGAUUGUUUCACAAAGUAGCACGACAACAGUUUGUAAAAGCGGUACAUGCUUAUGGAAGUGGGCUGAAAGACGUAGAGAGAAACGUGAUGACAGAAAUGGAUCUUUUAGUGAAUCGAAUAGAACAAAUGCCAGACAUGACAUUUCAAUGUUUAGACCUUUUCAAAAGGUCUUUAUCAAAUAUUAUUUCUCUUGUGCUUAGUGGUGAACUUAUAAAUGACGAUGAUCCGGAUAUAGACAUCUUUUGGCAGCAUGUUCGCGGAGAUGACUUUUUCCUUAGUUCAGCAACAAACUCCAUCAUGACCUCAUUCCCUUUCCUUCGAUUUCUUCCCGGGAAAUAUGGCAACGAAUACAGGUAUUGUAAGCAGGCAGACGAGAAAAUUCAACAAAAGUACUUCUAUAAACUAAAGAAUACCUACAUUCCUGGAAAAUGUCGGGGACUAGUUGAUCAUUAUAUAGAGGAACAACAGAAAGAAAUGGCAGUCGGAGGCGAAAUUUUCUUCACUGAUGAACGAAUCAUUGCACAGAUUAUAGAAAUCGUAGAUGCAGAUUGUAUAGCCCUGGAGACACAGGUGAAGUUUUCAUUCAGUAACUACAUUAUAUCUGGAGACUUGCAAGCAAAAGUUUAA